AUGGCGGACGGCGCUUCACGCCCCUCCAAUUCGCACGUGGCCAACCAGGUCCUGGAGCUGCCGCGGCGCCCCAAGAAGAUUGUAAUUGUCGGCGGCGGUUACAUUGGGGUCGAGUUUGCUGGCAUGUUCAGCCGCCUGGGUGCCGAGGUCCACGUCAUCGCCCGCGGCCCCCUGCCCCUGGCGCCGCGCUUCGAUAAGGAGGUCUGCCAGUUUGCAUUGGAUCAGUACCGAGCCGCAGGCAUCCACAUGCACAUGGACUGCAGCCCAGUGGAGGUCACCCGCCAAGAGCCUGGUGACGCCACCGCCCCCGACGCCGCGCGCGCCGGCGCGGACGCGGACGCAGCCACCAACAGCGGCGGCGGCGCGGCCGCCGCGGCGCCUCGGCGCACGCUGAGCGUGCGGGUGCAGAGGCAGCCGCCAAAGGGGGAGGAGGGGAAGUCGGAGGGGCAGGGGGAGGAGUUUGUGAUCGAAGGGUGCGACGAAGUGGUGCUAGCGGUGGGGCGCGGCGGCAAGGCCUCUGGCAUCGGGCUGGAGGAGGCGGGCGUGAAGUUCGGCCCCAAGGGCGGAGUGGUGGUCGACGAGUUGAGCCGCACCAGCGUCCCCUCCAUCUGGGCCAUCGGCGACGUGACGGGGCGCAUCGCGCUGACACCGGUCGCCACGAUGGAGGGCGACGCCCUCGCGCACACACUCACGGGCGCCCCGACGCGCCCAGACCACGCCAACGUCCCCAGCGCCGUCUUCUCGCUGCCCUUCAUCGCCUCAGUGGGGCUGACGGAGGAGCAGGCGGCCGAGAAGUACCCCCGAGUCGCCGUCUUCUCAAAGUCCUACACACCCCUGAGGGAGGGCAUCGCCGCUGCCGGCCGCGCCGCCGCCGCCGCCGCCAGCCGCGGGUCCGGCGCGGCCGGCGGCGCGGCGGCGGGGCCGCUGCGGGGCCUGGCCAAGGUGGUCGUGGAUGAGGAGAGCGACAGGCUGCUGGGGGUGCAUCUGGUGGGGCAGGACGCACCGGAGGCUAUCCAGGGCUUUGCCGUGGCCCUCAAGGCGGGUGCCACAAAGGCGCAGCUCGACUCUACCGUGGGCGUCCACCCCACCGCCUCGGAGGAGCUGGUGCAAAUGAAGGGCCCACCCACGCGCGUGGUCGGGAGCGCCGCCCGCGACGGCAGCGGCACAGGGAAGGGGCAGGGUGCAGAGAAGGGCGAGCCGGCACGCGCAGGAGGCGCGCGCGGCGGGGAGGCUGCGUCUGCGGGGUGA